AUGUCCUCUCUAAGAACAACCUACUUAGUAACAUACAACAGCAUCAACGCCCUUCUCUGGCUAUACAUAUUCUCCUCUAUCGUCGUCUCCCCUUUCCAAUCCCCCCAAACAACCUACUCUACCCUCGAACCCUGGACAAGAUGGACCCAAACUAUCGCUAUUCUUGAGAUCCUUCAUGCGAGCCUCACCCGCUCGCCCAUCUUCACAACAUUCACCCAAAUCUUCGCCCGCAGCGUCCAAGUCUGGGCCAUCAAUUACGCCUACCCGGAGACCACCAGUCCCUCCCCAGCAUACAAGUACAUGCUGCUUGCAUGGUCAUUCGCAGAUGCAAUCCGGUAUUCUUAUUUCGCAGUCUUGAGUGCAGGUGCUCCUGUGCCGAGCUUGUUGAGGUGGUUGAGAUACUCCCUCUUCCUAAUCCUCUACCCCGUUGGCAUCGGAAGCGAAUGGUGGCUCAUGUUCCAGGCGCUGCGCGUUACGAACAGCAUUCCUGUUCAGGCGCUUUUCAUUUUCUUUCUGUUUCUUUACGGACCUGGUUCGCCCAUGAUGUAUUCGUAUAUGGUUAAGCAGAGGAAGAAGACUUUGGCUGGCGGUAAGAAGGAGAGGAAGGAGAACAAGGUGGAUGUGGUUGUGGCUGGUGAUAUGGUGAGCUGA